UUUUUAAUUUUAGUCGGUCAUUUCAAAAAAUGUUUUGAUUUGAUAUCCUUACCAAUGUGAUAAAAUACUUAAAAAAAAAAAAUUAUUUAAAAAAUUAACAUUAAAUCAUAAAAAUGAAAAAAACUAAUUUACAAAUUAAUAACAGGUCUUACGUCACCUAAUAUUACUGAAAAUGGCAAAAUUGAAAUAUUUACAAUAAAAAAUGCAAUAGUUGCAUUUUACUGUAAUAUUGUUAUUUGACAUUAGUUUAUUGUUAAAUAAUAUUGUUCUGUGAUAAUAUUGAUAUGAUUUAUUUAAGUGAUAACGUAUGCCGCUUCCCCUUGGAGACCGUGUUCAAAACCAAAGUCAACCGAUUAGGCCAACAUCACAGUAUCUAUACCCUGUUUCAAAAAAAAAAUAUAUCAGAUUUACAUAACAAUAUCGGUUUUUCUCGUGGCCACCCGGUAUGUUCUCUUUUGAAACGGGGUGUAUACUCUAUAGCCUGCUGCAAGUGAAGACCGCACACGUCUCCUCUUGGAGAAGUGGGGUAGUAUCAUGUGUAUAGAGAUAAAUAGAUCACAUGUUCUCCUAACCACUUGUGAUAAGCAUUAACAAAGACCCUGAAGUCGUUGCAAUGAACAAUAUGGAAAAAAAAAAUAUCGCUAAAAGAACCUUUAUUUUUAUACCCUGCCUGGUGAAUUCAAAUCGAAUCCGUGAUUAAAGCAUAGAUAAUAAAGAUCUUUAUUAUCUAUGGAUUAAAGGCGCUGGUGAUAGUAUACUUGUAACUGCAAUAAUUAACUCUAUUCAAUAUUUAUAAUUAUUUUAAUGGUAGCUAUGGAUAGCUGAUGAAUAGUGCUGUUUCAUUGAUUCUUGUGUAUUUUAUAUUAUUUGAUAUAUUAUAUUAUAUAUAUAUAUAUUUUAUUUUUUAUUUUAUUUUAUUAUUAUUAUUAUUAUUAUUAAUUUUUUUUUUUGAGGUUAGAAUUCGGACCACAUGUUUGAAUUUGCAUUAUCAGCUACAAUAUUUAUCAGAAGGUAAGUCGUGACUCUUGAAGAGUAUUUGUCGACCCACAAUUGAAUCACUACUGCCGAAAGCUAUAAUUUUACAUUGUUUUUCUAGACGUAAAACGUGGAAACGGUAGUAGGUAUUAUUAUUGAGUGUAACAUACUUGCUACCCAACCUAAUUAAUUUAUACAUUACAUAUAGUUAGCCGUUGUCUGUGAUCUAAAUAUCAUUACGAUGACGCACUUGGAAGAUUUCCUUGAUAAACUCAAACACUUGCCGCAGGAGUUUAGAAAACGCACUUCUGAAAUUGAACAACUGGACUUAAAAGCAACAAAUUCCAUGAAUAUUGUAAAACAAAAUGUAAAUACUUUGUUUUCAACGGCUAACGAUAUGGAGCCAGAUGAAGUGGAUUCUGAUUUUGAAACUAUUAUGAAAAUUGGUCACCAAGCUCUUAAGCAUUCUGAUGAAAAAAUUCAAAUAGCUGACAGUUUGCAGAAAUUAAUGACUAGAUAUAUAAACCAUUUAGACAUUGGAUUAGAAAAAUAUAGAGCAGAUUUGAAAAUUGAUAAAAAAAAUGUCACUGAAAAAUUCGAAAAAAAGAUAGAUAAAUUCUCUAACAGCAGUAUCAUGAAAGAAUCUAUUGUGACAGAUUCAAAUUCUUCUAGUAGAGAUGGUUUUAAUUUACUACUUGAUACAAUUCUUACCGAGACUGAAAUGGAUCAGUUUCCAUUAUCUGACAGUUUGGAACAUAUGGAAGCUGAUAACUCGGUAAUUUUAGCAGCCGAAUCCAAAGUUUCUAAAAAGUCGGUUAAAAGACUUAAGUCAGCCAAUUUAAAAGCAUCUACAACAGCAUCUACUACAACAUCUACUACAGUAUCUACUACAUCUACUACAUCUACUUCAGCAGCUGAUGAGAAAACAAGUACAAUGACUUGUGCAAUAUUACCAGAAUCGCCUAUAAGUAAUAAAGUACUAUGUUCAGAUAGUACAAAAAUAAAUCGAGCUAAAAAACAUUCAAUAAAUUCUAAACGAAAAAAAACUGAUGUAGUGGCAACGAUUAAUGAUUCAGAUAAACGUCUUUAUUGCUUAUGUAAUGAAGUAGCGUAUGGUAAAAUGAUUGGUUGUGAUAAUAGCAAGUGCCGUUAUGAAUGGUUUCAUUAUGAAUGUGUUGCUAUUGAGUCUGAACCAAAACAUGAAAAAUGGUAUUGUCCAAUGUGUGUUGUUAAAUUGAAGAGAAAACGAUGUUAAUGUACAAUUAUGGAAAUAAAAUAUUUUGAUGAUGCCUAAAACCUAUGGAAUCAUAAGAAUUGUUGCACUAAAAAAUAAUACCUCUGGAUUGUGUUCAAGUUAUAGAAAAAAAUUGAUUUCAGAAUUUAACCGGCUUGCUGUUAUAUUUAAAUUAUUACUUAUAAAUUUAUUUUUCCAUAUUGUUAUACAAUAACAACAUAAGAAGUUUAUUUUUCGAAAUUCUAAAUAAUUUUGGACAUUUUUCAAGCAUAUUUUAUGCUUUUAGCUUUUAUUCAGUCAUAACUUACAAGUCAUGAUCAUUAGGUACUAAGAAAUAACUUUAUGAUCAUAAUUACCUAUAACUUUUUUAUUUAUUAUUGUUUUAUAUUUAGUAAUUCCAAAGAUAUUGAAACCAUAUUCAAUAUAAAUAAUCAUGAUUUUUUUUAUAAUUUUUAAUAUUAUUAUUAUUUUAUUAGUAGUCAUACUUAGAUUCAUUCCAAUGUUAUCAUAAUAUUUAGUAAAAUUAGUAAGUGCUUUUACGCGGAGGUUGAACUAAAUUAUCGUAUCUAUAAAUAAUCAGCUAUACAUUUUCUUUUGUUACCUACCUUCGCGAAAACUAGCUUUAUGUAUAUGUUUUAUGACUGAUUAUUAAAUGACAUUUUUUCAUUUUUAAAUAAAUUGUUAAGUAUGUUAAGUAGUAUCAACACAAACUAUUUUUUUAAAUCAAAAUUCUUUAAAUAGAGUUUUUCUCUAAAUGAAUGUAUUUAUAAAUUAUUAAUAUAUACAUAAUUAUUUUGG